AUGGUUGAUUCAUCACUUGGUGCCGGUGGUAUGAGUGUGGGAUGGAAGGAUUUCAAGAACGCACGUCAAGGUGAUGCCUCACCGCACUCUCACCAUCUUUGCGAAAUCCUGAAGGCAAAAGUCAAUCAAGUUCAUGAUUCUGAAAAUGUCGUGUCUGCACAAAUAAGCAACUUUUUGAGAAAGGCCGAUGACGGAAGAUUGUUGAGGACUGCUGGCUAUAACAAGUACUAUGGCAGCUUCUUGUCUUUAAGUCGUCCACCUCAGAUUAAGGAUGGGAGUAACACACCGAUAGAUGUGAUUCACAAUAAAGGAUUGGACCUACGUCUCACCUUAGGUCGCAACUACGAGGAAAACAUUGUUGAUGAAGAACCUAACCAUGCAUCUGGCAUGACCAUUGCUUAUAACAGGGCGAUUGUAGACUAUCCAAAAUAUGCUCAUUUGUCAGGAGCAACUAGCCAGACGAACAUUAUUGAGUUGAAUGCUCAUCAGAGUAACAUGUCGGUGUAUGUAGUUCGCAACGGUGGAUGCAAUGCGCAUCGAACCUUAGGUUGCAAUGAUAAGCACAAAGGAAAAGCCAUUGUUUUUGGAGGAGUAAAGGUCACUGCCAAUGACGAGGCAAUGAUAGACAAUCAGAACUUUGCUCAAUCUUCUGAGGCAACUAGUCGAGUGGGCACAAUUGAGCCUAAUGCUCAUCCUUCUCCAGAGAGAAAUUCAAAUCUGACGGGCAAUACAAAAAAACCAAAAGCUUUCCAAGGAGAGAAGCCAAAGGUGACGGGUGAGCCUCACCCUAAUGCAUAUUUGUUGUCCGUCCCUAAUCUAUUAUCAACUGGAAUAUUUGAUGGUGCUCCGGUGAAGUACAUUUUGAGGAGGCGUAAUAUAAUGCUUCGUGGUGCUAUAAGAGGGGAGAAGAUUCUUUGCGGCUGCAAUGAAUGCAACAACUCUAAACAUGUUAGUUCCUACAUAUUUGAGCUCCAUGCUGGAGGGAGGACGAAGCAUCCGUAUAAUUGCAUCUAUUUGGAGAAUGGCAAGACCGUCUACAAAGUUUUUCAGGAGCUGAGGGACACACCAGAAGAUGUGCUUUUUGAUGCAAUUCCUAUCAUCGCCGGUUCCGCUCUCUGGAUAUGGUUUCUGGAGUUCUUCGUCAAUUGUGGUGAUGUGGGUGCUUAUCUGUUCAGUUUGAGUUCUUUUCUGGAGGCUCCCGAGCGCGAAUAA